CUGAUCGUUAGUUGUCUGCCUUGUAAGUUGUAACGCAGUCUGCAAUUUUCCCAUUGUAACUUUUGCGCUAAAAUCGACUUCACUGGAAGGAGUACAACUGAGGUUUGUGCGUUGCCAUGGUGAAUGACGUAUCAUGAGAUAUUAAGCGGAUCGAGUCGAAACGAGGAUCAAUGAUUAUAUCUUGGCUUGGAUGAGUGGCCAAUGUAUGAAUGAGUUUUUGGUCCACUUCUGAUCUACAGUAUCCAUGAUAUCAGAAUUGGGAUUACGAAGAACGAUUUCUAAGAAGUUCCGAUAUUGGAUUGAUUCGCUGGUCAGUUUAUUUUCUGCAUGUGAUAGCCAGAGGACUAUGCUGAUAAGAUACAACGAUCAACCGAACUAUAACAUAAGCGCCAGCAGUUUUCUUGAGGGGAAAUAAGUCUAUUUUCUUUUAAAAAUACAAAGGAAAAUAAACGUGUUAUAACAAGUUGCUUCUGACAUCUCGUUGGUGAAACUCAUCAGCAUAUUUACUCCUGGUAUUUACUCCAGUGAGAGAGUUUCGAUUAUGGGAUCACUUUUUAGAGAAUGCAAGUAUGGUUGGAUCGUGGUCGUCGGUCGGUUCAUCAGCGGUUUUAUUGAGGUCGGGACGGUGAAGAGCUUUGGCGUUCUCCUGCCCGAUGUCGUGACGCAUCUUAAUGCAUCGUCGGGAAAGGUUGGGCUGGCAUUUGGACUCUGCCAUGGACUUACAUUUGGUUUGGGUCCAUUGACAAGUGCGUUAUACAGAUGGACACAGAGCCGUUGGGUGAUGGUGAUAGGCACCUUAAUAGCAGCUCUAUCUAUAACCCUCGCCUCCUUUGCAACAGAUGGCAGUCAUCUUCUUGCUGCUCUCAUAUUUACGGGACUUGGAUACUCAUUGAUGUGUCUACCUACCAUCAUGGCCCUUAACAAGCAUUUCGUCGAGCGAUUUGCAUUGGCUUAUGGUGUUGCCCAGACCGGUCCCGCCGUUGGUAUGAUUGUACUACCAGUCGUCACGGAGAACCUUGCCCAUACUUACGGUUGGAAAGGCGCCCUCUUCCUGUUGGGUGCCAUCAACUUCCACAUGAUGAUUACGGCUGUGGUCACUCGGGAACCGGAACAUGUGUAUGGACACUGGCGGAGAAAGAAAACGACUGGUCCAGAUGACAUUCAGAGCAAGAAAGCACAAUUCAAGAAGGACGCCUGUAACAUAAAGGAAGUCAAGCCUUUGGGCUCUUCAGUAUGGCCAAACGGUAAAUCAGAGGAACUUCCGUACCAGCAAUCCAAUGUGGCUAAGUAUGGAAGCUGCAUGAAUCUGUCUUCGAACGCUCCCAAAGCUGCGAUCAGGAAUUCUUUUCUGAUGAGAAAGUUCAAAUCUUGUGACGAGGAAGACACUGCGAUACUGUCCGAUGGUGAGUUCAUUAAGCCUCAGCUCUCGAGUUACAGAUCUCUUGUUGGGAAUGAGAAAAAUCUCCGCGGCGAACAUGAGAAGCGUAAAUCGUAUCAUGGGUACGGGAACGAUGCGGUCAACUGUAAUGACAAACAACCUCUCUGUUCUGAUAGUCGCGGUAAAUACUACGGCAAUGAACACUGGGCAUACGAUUUCAGAAAGCUAAGUUACGUCUCAGAAGAGUCAGAGCACGUUAGCAGCCAUGAGAGACUGAAAGAAAGAGAUGGACUUACCGAUCGAUCUUGCUGCAGUAGGUUCUUGAGCUCUUGCAAAUCUGCCGCCAUGUGUGUCGUCCGGUUCUUGGACCUCGAACUCAUGAGGGACGCACCGGCUUUGAUUAUCCUGCAGCUUUCGUUCAUCCUUCUGACUUCCGUCCAUGUUGGUUGGAUGAUCUUCCUAGUACCCCACGCUGUCGGGAAAGGCAUCCCAAUAGAGAGUGCGGUCUUCCUAUCCUCAGUAGGAGGGGUUGGAAACCUAAUCGGUCGAAUUGUCCAAGGGCCCAUUGUAGACAAACGACUCUUGACUGGUGUCCAGCUCUCCAUUCUGCUGUCUAUUGUCAAUGCCAUCACGUUCGCGAUAGAUCCAUUGCUGCAGACCUUACCAGUACUCUGUGUUGAUGCGUUCUUCAGUGGACUCUGCAGCGGCGCUUUGAUACCUCUUGUAGCUAUAUGUGUCAAGGAAGUUGUUCCAAGGGACAGAUUCGCUAACGCAAUAGGCCUCGUGUCACUCUCAUACGGCGUUGGAGAGCCACUUGGAGGUUAUUUAGCAGGAAAGCUCUCUGACGUCGCAGAUUCUUACGAGAAGGUGUUUCUAGUAUUUGGUGGCCUGGAAAUCAUCAAGGCUCUUCUAUUAGUUGUGGUUGCUUUCAUGGUCUGGAGGGAGAGUCGAGCAGCACCGAGUUGAUAGUUCCUAUUAUUUGUCUUCAAAUCAAAACCUUUAGAGAUUCUCAGGGGUAAUAUAAUAAUGGUGCGAUCAUCUGAGCUAUCUACCUGUAAAUAAUUGAUAAACUAUUAAAUUUAUUUGUUUAUUAUCUAUCUAAUCAUUAAUUUACCUAUUUUACUUUUUGGAAGGGGUCAUUAUGAGAGCUUUGUUUAUACUUUAUGAUAUCUACAUUAAAACUGGAGGAAAUCUCACCCAGAACGAAUGAUUGAUUCCUAAUCUGUUUAGAGCAUCGAGUCUAUUUCUACUAAUCCAAUUCUAGUCAAAUUGAUCAUGACUGUGAUCCAGAAUCUGAUCGAAUUACAACAAUGAAUACAAUAAUGGUAAUAAAAAUCCCUGAAAUUAAGAUAAUAUUGUGGUGGAAAGAUCCACUAAAAAUACUUUAAGAAGUUUUUUUUAGAGUUUGUUAAAUAUCGAAUGCUUUUAUUAGCUAAUGACCAUGUAAAUGAUGGGAUUCGACGAUGUGAUAUCUCACUAACUACAUCGUCUAUUUUGAGAAAAUUACAUUUCCACAUUUGUUUAAAGUUGAAAAUGAGUAACAUCUUCGAAGAACUAAGACAUCAGUAACGGAAUUCGUGUUAAUAAAAAGCCAUUGUGUAUAUCAUAUAUUUCAUAUUGUUGUUUUGUAAAUCUUCAUGAAUAUGGUAAAAUUUUACCAAAGCCGUUGGUCCAUUAAAAACCAUCAGAACCAACGUAUAUCUUCUAUUGGUAUUUAUAAUGGACCCGGUUGGAAUUCAGACCUGUGAUACUGACUGUUUAUAUUACGAGACAAUUAUCCAUGUUCAGUUUUGGUACCGACCGAUGAACAAUUCCCUUUAAUACGAUAAUCAACAAAGAAUCAAAGACACUUAGUUGCAGCAUGGACCUAUGGUUGCAGCCAUUGUUGACUAAUUGUUAUUUUGCAGUUAAUGUGAAUUGAUUGUAUGGGCCUUUUUGGGCUUUUACUAAUAGGUUGACUAAAUUGUUUCGGAAAAGCAUGCAUGCAUUUUUAUGUAGA